UACUUUUCGCUACUGGUCGUCAGUUGUUUUGUAUUUCUUGAUUAAGUCGAGCUAAGCGUUGUAUUUAUUAUUUGUUGUGUUUGCAUAUGUUGAGUUAACUUGACCAAAAUCUCUAAACCGUCACUGGCUUUACUGCACUAAAGACAGCUAGCUAACAGAAGUCGUUGACUCGAGAAAGUAGAAUAGUGUAAUGCGCAGGCGUGGAGGCGGCUAAAUUCAAAACUAAAGACGUUAGCGUUAUACAUCUGAUAGAGGGAGGCUCGUUGACGUUAGCAAGAGCUUGCAGGUUCUCAAGUCGACCGAGCUAACAAUAAGUGACAUGACAACUAUUUUAAGUUAACGUAAAUUAAGACGAACACAAUCGUAUUCGACGAGGAUUUAAACUCAUUACAACUACAAGUUUGAAAUGGAGCCACUGGAUCCUGCCAAGAAUGAUGAAGGCAGUGGAUUCACCAGGCGGCGCAUUUCUUCGAUUUUGAAACCUCCACAGAGAUCAUCAAUGAAAUUCUCUGACCCAGUGCAACAGGAAAACGUGGUGGAGUGUGCCAAACCAGUGGAAAAGAGGAAUUCAAGAAGAGUCAGUUUUGCCCCUGCCAACAACGUUCUCCUGUUCUCAAAGGAUGAAAAAAAUGCCUCUCCUGCCAAAAAUCCUUUACAAGAGUUAAUAAUGACAACAGCGACAGCCCCAAACAAUCGGGUCCAGGUGGCUCUCACUGAAGAUGGGAUUCAACCAAUUACAGGAAUGGAAACCCUAUUGAAUGCUCCUCUACAUGCUUCUCAACAAGGGCAUAAGGUCAACUUUGAUACUGUGGGUGGCAUAGGGGAGAAAACUGUGAUGUUUUCUACAGAUGAUGAAUUCAUGGACAUGACCCACAGUCACACGAUAAACAUUGCCGGGGAUGCAGGGUUACUUGGAGAUAGUUCCCUCCAGAACUAUGACCCUUUACCCUCUAGAAGAGAGAAAACGGCAAUGUUCACUGUGCAAAAUGGAUCCCUGGCGAGAAACGUAUCCUCAUCUGUGCCUUCUUUGGACACUGAAUUUGAAAAAUUCCUUGACAGUCACUCUAAACAAAGUGGCCCUAGCCUGGUCGUCACAAGAACCAAGCCUGCUCCUGGCGCACCCUCUGAAGAAGCAAACCGCUCUCUGGCACAGAUUAAAACACACUGGGCUGAUGUGGAUAAAGAAAAUCAGGCUCCAACUUCAGUUUCAGCUGGAAUGGAGAAGUCACUUAAUACAUCCAGGAAGAUUGGUGAAUUAUCUUACAGAAGUGCACUCUGUCCAGAAGAUGAUAUAAGAAUGGAUAUGACAGAAGCUCAGGCAGACUGCAUGCCGGGAUUCACUGAUGAUGAUCCUUUCCAGUGUCUUUUUCCCACACAAGAAAUGUACUCCCGCUUUGACAACAGAGUGUCACAGACAGCAGAGAAGACCAAACAGCAGAAGAGCAGUAAAACACUGGCAUCAUUUAACCCUAAAGAUAUGACAUCUUUGAAGAAUCCGGCUGUACAUGCUUCCCAUCAAAGACACAAGGCCAACUGUGAUACAGAAAAUGAUUGCAAAGAGAAAACAAUAAUGUUCUUUGCAGGUGAUGAGUUUAUGAAUAUGACUCAGAGUCACACGGUCAACAUUGCCAAUAGUUUAUUACCACCUCUGAACCAAAACUUGGAUAUUGUUCACACUCUUGGAAAAAUGGACAAUGCUUCAUCUCUGGAGGAGAGAAAGCGUGAAGCUGGUGGUGCGCCUGGCUCGUCCGCUAAUGCUAUGGAUCUAGGAUUUGAAGACUUCCUUUCAAGUCUCUCUAAACCGGGCGCCUCCAGUGGUAAUCCUGUGAUUGCCAGAGCGGUGCCUUCUGCUGCAGCAUCCUCUAAGGAAACUGUUGACACAAACAGCUCCAGGAGCGUCCAAAAAUCAUUUAAUGGAAGGAUAAUCAGUCCUGAAAAUGAUGUGAGCACGGAUAUGACUAAAGCUCGGACGAACCGCAUAAUGGGGCCCACUGCCUCAGAUGAUCCUUUCCGGUGUCAUUUUCCCACACAAGAAAUGUACUCCCGCUGUGAAGGUCUGAAGAAACAAGAGAUGAAUUCAGGACAGAAGAACAGCGAAGCACUGGGGUCAUCUAACCGUGCGGGUAUGAAGACCGCAUUGAAGCCAUCUCUGAAGACAAAGGUGGAAAGAAAUCAGGUCAAAUUUGAUACCAAAGAUGACUGCAGAGACAAACCUGGGAGGUUUUCUGCAACUGAUGCAGCUAUGGAUGUGACACAAAGUCACACUGUAAACGUUGCCACUGGUUUCGAGCUGCAAUCAUUUCAAAAUGUGGACCGUUUGUCUAUAGAGAAAACCUUUAAGCUUACUGCAAAUGAUACCUCUAUGGAUAAGACCCAUUGCCUCACUGUAAAUUUUGCAGGAUCAGGUCUUCCUGUGAAGAAACAAGAAAAUGAGACAUGUGGUCUGCCUAGAAACAGGUCUUCAUCAGCACGCAGUGUGGAUCCAAGCUUUAAUAAGAGCCUCUCAAAACCAAGUGGGCCCGGUGUUAAUCCUGUGGUCGAAAAGAUGUCCCCUACAGCUGCACAAUACAGCAUUGGAGACUCAUCAAACGGAGGGACAAUCUGUCCAGAAGAUGAUGUAAGCAUGGACAUGACUGAAGCUCAAACAGGCCGCAUUUUAGAACUCACAGAUAAAGAUGGUACGCCUCACUGUCUUUUCCCCACACAAGACAUUUACCCCCAAAGUAAUAGUUUAAAGAAAGCAGAGAUGACUUCACAACAGCAGAACAAUAAAACACUGGGAACAUUCCCUAAAGGUAUGGAUACCUCAUUGGUGCAACGAAAUCAGGUCAAGUUUAAUGCUGAAGAUGACUGCAGAGAGAAAACAGUGAAGUUUACUGCUGACGAUGCCUCUAUGGAUGUGACAAGAAGUCACACUGUAAACAUUGCCACUGAUUUAAAACUGCUGUCACAGCAGAAUUCGGACUCCUUACCUGCUUGUGGAGAGAAAACCAUGAGAUUCAACACAACUGAUGCAGCUAUGGAUGUGACAAGAAGUCACACUGUGAACAUUGCCACUGAUUUUAAACUGCAGUCACAGCAAAAUGUGGACUCCUUACCUGUUUGUGGAGAGAAAACCAUGAGAUUCAACACAACCGAUGCAGCUAUGGAUGUGACAAGAAGUCACACUGUGAACAUUGCCACUGAUUUAAAACUGCAGUCACAGCAAGAUGAGGUAAUUUUAUCUGCUGACGAGAAGACAACAAGGUUCACUGACAAUGAUGCAGCUAUGGAUGUGACCCAAUGUCUUGCUGUAAAUAACACCAAUUCAGUAUCACAUUCACUUCUUCCACACCAAGAUUCUAAUAUUUUAUUCACCCAUAAAGAAGCAGAAAUUCCUUUAUCUGAAAAGAAGACUCAUCAUCCGUUCCACCAAUCUUCGUCCGCACAUACUUUGGAUCCAGCUUUUAAAAACUCCCUGUGUAAGAUGAGUGAGCCCUGGGCUAGAGCAGUGGCUCCUGCUGCACUGUCCCCUCAAGAAACUCCAGACACAGAUGACUUACUGGACCAACUUAAAACACAAAAGCCUGUUGUGGAUACUGAAAAGGUAGCUUUUGGUUUUCUUUCAGCUGUCUUGGAGAGGCCAGCAAAUAAAACCAUGACAGAAAGUCCAGAGGACGAUGUGAGCAUAAACAUACCUGAAGCUCAAACUGGCGGCAUUUUAGGACAAACAUAUACAGGUGAGCCGCCUCAAUGCCUUUCUUCCUCACAGGACUUGCACCCCAAUCCUGACCAUUUGAAGAAAACUGAGACAACUCCUCAACAGAGAAAUGAAGCACUGGGAUCAUCCAACCCAGGUGGAGUGGAAAUCCCAAACCUUCCUGAUUCUCCUGACUCAAAUGAAACUGGCACCAGUAAGGAACCCAUAUCAAAAAAUCUAACUUGUACUUUAUCAGAGGAGAUGGUGAGUCCACCCUGUGUUGACCAUGAUAUUGAUACAGCACCUUCAAAAAAAUCCAGACGGAUGAGUCUAGCCGAUCUUAAGUCGAAAGUAAGGCGUUUGAGUCACAUGGUGAGUACAGCUCCUGAUACCAUUGCUAUGGACAGCCGCACAGCACCCUUGCCUCUCCUGGAACAGAACAUGGACGAUACCUCAAACAACAAAACCAAAUCCCUACCUGUAACAGAGCCUCAACUUGAGAUGGGUUUGGUAAACACAGAAGAAUAUACACAAGCUCAAUGUCUCAUGCAAGGAGAACAACCCUCUGCUACUAGAACUCCUUUCAACUUGAAGACUAAACAACUUAUGUCAAGACUCUCAAUGGGAAUUUUUAAGGCAAAACUCCCCCAAAAAAGCAAACCGGAUGAUCCAAAGAAGGGGAAUUCUGUGGACAAACACCAGAGGACAUUUCCUAUCAAUGUUACUCAUCAACUGGGCAACUUUGACCAUGAUAUGAGCGAUAUUUAUAAUGAAGAGCUUGGUAGCUAUGAAGAAAUGUCUGAAACCUUGGACAUAAUGAGUCCUCAGAAAGCCACUGAAAAAGAGAGUGCUUCCCAAGAGUUCAACAUGGAUGAGCUUUUAGAGGAAGAUGUAUAUGAAAAGGACUUGAUUGAUGCCGCCAGUGGAAAAAAGAGACCUUUGCCAGCAGAUAAUGUGGAGGAUGAGAAGAGACUGAAAGUAUCCACCAUGGCGACCACUGAUGUUGAAAUGGGAUUUCAGUCACACGUUGUGGAGUGUGACAGUAACGUUACUACAGUUCCUAGCAUGACUACACAGACCACAGAUUACUCCAACAACAGUCACACAGCCAGCAUCAGAUGUGAAGCUACUUUUGAAUCAACUUACAAACAAAGCCUGUUUGAAUCCCAGCUAGAAGACUACGCCAAUGAUGUUCAGAGGAAACUCGAUGAUGGCACCAUUACACUGUUAGAGUUCUUUCAACUCUUCAACAUAGACUUUGUCAUCCAUAAUCCUCGGCAAAGCAUCCUUCCUGGCAGACUUUUGUCAGACACAGAUCGCACAUCGAUGGAUUUAUUGAAAGACCGAUACAUCAACCAUCCUAAACAGAUGGUGUAUGAGACAGAUGUCCUCAACCUUACAGAGAUGGUGGAGGGGUUAAAGGAGCAAAUGCGUGACCUAGACAAACCACUGAAGAUUGUUAAUAGACCUUUGUGGGAAGAAGUGAGAAAUUUUUCAGACAAAGAGCUCAAAUCUUUUGGUGCCAAACUAAAAGAGAGACAUAACCUGUCCAGAAGGUUGAGCAAAGUUCAGUCGCAUGAAAUGAAGGAGGUGUUGUACUCCAAUCUUGUGCAAGCUAAUCUGAAGGAGCAACAGAAGGCGAGAGAAAUGAUUGAGGAAGCAGAUGGGAUGAUAAAAAGUUUGGACGACUGUAUUCGUGAAUUAGAAACAGAACUUAUUGCAGUUGAAGAAAAAGGCUUUGAAGACCAACCAAGUCUGAAAUCACGUCAGGAAGAAAUGCAAAAAGUCACAGAGGCUUUGGAGGAUAAUAACCGACAAAUAUCUGAACUGGAGAUGCAGAAGCAGCGGACGUCCGAUAAACUGAACAGGCUGAAAGUGGAGACGAGCAACCUUGAAACCCACGUCACCGCACUGCAUAUGAUAAAUGAAUGGAAGUUUGGGGAGAAGAAAGACAACUGCAGUGUCUACACUUUCCUCUAUGAGACCUUGAUCCUACAGUUGGUGUAUGACAAAUCCAAUGGAAAUUAUGCUGAUAAUCAGUCUGAAAGGAAAAUAUCGCACAUCACAUUGAGUCUUCAACUUGAUGAUGAAAAGUCAGAGGGAAAUGCCCGCCUUGUUCACAGACUGCUCUCUCAGUACAUCGAGGGACACACUGACUGGGUGGAGAAAUAUCCAACGAGCAGACAUGUUCCAAAGCUGCUCCAUGAUGUGAGCCUGGUGGUGAGUCGCUGUCGUCUGCUGGGAGAGGAGCUGCGUCGGCUAAAAACGUGGGGAAGUGUGAGGCUCAAUAUUCUCAACAUGAGCUGUGUGGACACUCAAGUGCACAUUGUCUUCAGCAGUCUCAAGACAUUUUCCGAGUUUGAGGUGAUCUUCUCUGUCAGUUUGAUCGACCGGCCCUAUGUCCUCCAGCUGCAGAGCUUUAAAAACACGAUCGGAAACACAACGAUCCAACAGAUUGAGGAGAUUGUGUUGGCGUUCAGUCCAUCCAAGAACCUCCUGACAAAGAUCGUCAAAAAGAUAAAUGAAAAUCUGCUCUACUGAGACAAACGUUUUACUCCAAUCAGUUGUAAAAAAAACAAUUUUUUACAUUAUGAAAGAAAAUCUUUAACACAACUGGCUUUAAAGUAAAUAAAUAAUGUGUACAGGUUGCAAGACUGUUUUUGUUUUUUUGCAUUUUGAUAUAAAUACUUGGUGACAUUAAAUGAUCGGUGUUCAGCAGGACAACGUGCCUGUUUGAAUUGCUAGAAUACAGGAAAUUAGUUAGAAUUAAAUCCAUGAAUUCCUGAGCCCUGCAGCUGCACACAGCAGUCAAUUUGUUUUUCUAUUUGUGUUUGCUUAGUGUUAUUUACAGUUUAUAAUAUUGAACAUGUCAAGUUCAGGGAGCAGCCAUAGCUUAUUCACACAAAAGUGGUGAACAGUUGCCUCCAUGUUUACCAACGUACGUCAGCAUGUUGCCCUUGACAUCUUUACUACUUGUGGGUCACCACAUAUGCGAGACGGGACGUAAUCAUUCACAGAUACCUGCCUUUUAUUAGUAAGAGCAAUCGCAGUCUUUCACUUCUCUCGUGUGCAGAAACUGCAGCUUCCAGAUGGUGAACAUGGUUAAAGUACUUUGUAUUGCUUGCUGUGUACAUAGUAUAGUCACAUUUUGUAGUAUUGAAUGUAUGUAAAUAUUUUUGCUGUUUUGUUCAAAAUGCCAAUUCACCAGUUCCUAUGAUUUCUUUACAUUUUAGGAAAAUAAAAUGAAUGUAUAUACAUUUAAAAAAUGUAGUUUGAAACUUUUUGGUGUGCCAUUGUUUGCUUGUAUUAAAUGUGUUGCCAGGA